AUGGCUACGAAAUUCGAUACGCCAGCCUCGGACCCUGUCUUGACUAAGGGCAUCGAGGACGGGGAGCCCAAUGGCAGCAACAGCCUGGAGAAACAGCCCGACGCAAGCGCUGGCACGCCGACUAAAGAGGUGUUCGACGACGGGGCAGAGCCAGUCGUCACCCUCAAGACUUGGAUAGUCUGUACCAUUCUCUCGAUCGGAUAUGGUCUCUCCUUCUGGGCUGUCCCUGUCGUCUCAGCCAUCGGCACAUCAGUCUCUGCUGAUCUGGGGGACCCCACGGCAUACAACUGGUACGUUCCCGCCUGGACCAUCGCCAUCACCGUCUCCUUCACCUGGUUCGGCCCGCUCACGGACACGCUCGGUCGACGAUGGUUCUUGGUGGGCGGCAACUUGGUCACUUUCAUCGGACACUUGAUUGUGGCGAGCGCGAAAUACAACACAUCGAAUGGAGCCUCGCAGAUCACGGCUGGACUGGCUAUUAUUGGCUUUGGAGGUGCCAAUUGCCAGAUGGCCGCGUUCAGUUUGCCGGAGCUUUUGCCCAAUAAGUGGAGGCAUAUUGGUGUCGUCUUCGCGGAUCUGGUCGUGUACGUCACUGUGAUUGUUGCGCCUGUGACCGCUCGAUUUGGAUAUCAGUACGGCAACUGGGAGUGGAACUUCUGGGGACUUGCCAUUUUCCAGUUUCUGUCUUUCCUCGGUCUGCUCCUGCUUUACUUCCCACCAGCUCACCCUGCUGGUGAACCACUGAACCAAGUGAUCAAGCACAUCGACUAUGUUGGAGCCUUCUUGUUCGGCGCCGGAGCCGUUCUGGCUCUCAUGGGCAUCGUCUGGGCCGGAAUGUACGAUUCAAGCGAUCCCCAUGUUGUCGCUACUCUCGUCGUUGGAUUUGUCCUGAUCGCCACUUUCGCUCUGUGGGAGCACUUUGGCAAGCUGAAGUACCCUCUGGCACCUACGCACAUCUUCACCUCCUCGAAGGGACGCGACUUCACUGCACCAGCUAUUGCACUUGGUGUUGUCAACAUGUUCUACUAUUCCAGCAGCAUCCUCUGGCCAACCAUGAUCACGAAGUUCUACACCAACGGAGGCACCGAAUGGAGGGAGGCGGUCAUACUUUCCCUGCCACAGGGCUUUGCUAUCCUCACUGGUGCGCUUGGUCUGACGUUCUUUGGAAGCAAAAUCAAGAACUGGCAAUGGCAGUUGACGGCAUCUUCCUUCAUCAUGGUUCUCUUCGGUUCGCUGCUCGGCAUGGUCACUCCGACCAACAAGGGCACGAUGAUCGCCUUCUUGUUCCUUUCGCAAGCUGGUUUCGGAUGGGGCUUGUAUUUGGCUAUUGCUGUAACUCAGAUGGGUGUCGAGCAUAAGGAUCUCGGCAUUGCUGGAGGUAUAUCUGGCACUUUCCGUUAUGCUGCUGGAGCAAUUGGCACAACCAUCUACAACACAGUCUUCAACAAGGAACUCACUUCAGCAACGACGAGCAAAGUCACUAAAGCCGUGCUCGAGGCCGGCCUGCCACAAAGUGACGUUGCUCAACUGCUCUCCGUCGUUAGCACGGCCGAUUUGGCCACAUACCCGGCAAACAUCGUCUCAGCUGCCAGCGCUGCGCUCAACGACGCUUACUGCCACGCCAUCUUUGUCGUUGCCAUGGUUUCAAUGGCAUUCGGAAUCAUUGGACUGAUCGCUUGUGCAUGCUGCAAGGACGUCGACCACAAGAUGAACAACCAGAUCGAAGUGUACCUCGAGAACGACCGUCUCGCGGAUCGAAACAAGUUCCACUAA